CAUUUUGUUUGAUCGAAGUCUUUUCCAGAGUUUCUCUGCACAUUAAAAAUAUGUUUUUGGUUCUAGAAGUAAAAAUAGAACCGCCCAAAGUCAGUUAUUGCCUCAGCAGCCAUAUCUGAAGCAACUGCAAACUACAUGCACUUGUGAAAAAUUGGUUGCGACACAAACCUUUCAUUUGAUUUAUAAAUAAUCCCACUCCACAGCUUCCACCCUCCAUCUGAACUCCUCUUCAAAUAGCAGAUAUUGACUGAUUUUCUGAGCAGCAGUGCAGAUAUGAGGGUGGCGAUUGCGGUUUUGUGUCUGAUGUGGCUGUGCUCGUGUGAGAGCCGCACGCUGGGUCGCUGUGAUGUUGUCCGUAUCUUCACGCAAGAGGGACUUGAUGGAUUCGAGGGAUUCUCGCUUGGCAACUAUGUGUGCACGGCCUACUGGGAAAGCAGGUUUAAGACCGAAAGAGUGCGUUCAGCUGAUACCGGGAAAGACUAUGGUGUCUUCCAAAUAAACAGUUUCAAAUGGUGCAAUGAUGGCACUCCAGGAGGACAGAACCAGUGCAAAAUUCCCUGUUCAGAUUUGCUUCAGGAUGACCUGAAAGCUUCAGUUGAAUGUGCAAAGCUCAUUGUGAAAACCAAUGGACUCAAAUCAUGGGACACCUGGGAUAGUUACUGUAAUGGGCGUAAGAUGACACGCUGGGUGAAAGGUUGUGAGGAGCGCUAAUAAGGCCUUGAUUGCCUGCAGGAGAUUUAAUUAUCUAUAAUGCCCUCAGAUUAUGUGCUAAUGCAUUUAAACUCUUGGUUGAUGUGACUUUUAAAACUAAAAGACAUUGUCAUUAUUAACAUUUGUAACCUUGAUCUUGAGAU